UCAAACCCUAGAAGUUUCGUCGGACCAAUCCUCUUCAUUCUUCAAUCCUCUUCUACGUUUCUUACUAAAAUUCUGUAAUCGGAACUCUCAAGCCCUAGAAUUUUUGGUCGAUUUUAUUCUCGAUUCCUUUUUGUUCUGUGAAUCAAAUCUAUGGAAGCUCCUGAGCCUUCUUUUCCUCCUCCUCCUCCUCCGCCUGCAGCCCUAGAUUCUUUUCAGCUUCAACCUCCUCAAAAAACGCAAGAAGCUCCUGACGAGCAGAAAGCUCAAACGCUAGCACCGGAAGAUCACCAGAAUGGCUUCUCGGCUUCCGCAGAGACCGCGACGAAGCCUGAAAUUCAGAAGCCGCUGGUCUCCGAAAACGGCCUGACGGGGAACACCCACAGCGGUACGGACAGGGACGGCUCCGGUGGCGAGGAAGAGACGACGAGCAGGCGCCGCCGCAGGAGCCGGUGGGACCCGCAGCCGGAAUCUGAUAGCCAGAGCGGCGGCGGAGAAGGCGAUUCAGGGAGCGGGACGCGGAAGAGGAAGUCGCGGUGGGCCGACGACGAUCCGAAGCCGGUGAUUCAGCUGCCGGAUUUCAUGGGAGGUAUUGAGUUUGAUCCAGAAAUUCAGGCUUUGAAUAGUAGGCUUCUUGAGAUUAGUCGAAUGUUGUCUUCGGGCUUGCCUUUAGAUGACCGUCCUGAAGGAGCUAGGUCUCCUUCACCCGAGCCUAUAUAUGAUAAUAUGGGAAUUAGGAUCAAUACUAGAGAGUAUCGUGCACGUGAAAGAUUGAAUAAGGAGAGGCAGGAGAUUAUAGCUCAGAUUAUUAAACGAAACCCGGCGUUUAAGCCGCCGGCGGAUUAUAGGCCGCCUAAGCUUCAGAAGAAGCUUUACAUUCCUAUGAAAGAAUACCCGGGUUACAAUUUUAUUGGGCUAAUUAUUGGCCCUAGGGGUAAUACCCAGAAGAGGAUGGAAAAAGAGACGGGUGCGAAGAUUGUAAUUCGCGGUAAAGGAUCGGUGAAAGAGGGUAGGUUGCAGCAGAAAAGAGAUUUGAAACCUGACCCCUCUGAGAAUGAGGAUUUGCAUGUUUUGGUUGAGGCCGAGACGCAAGAAGCUCUUGAUGCCGCGGCAGGUAUGGUGGAGAAGCUCUUGCAGCCUGUGGAUGAGGUUCUAAAUGAGCAUAAGAGGCAGCAGCUUAGGGAACUUGCGGCCUUGAAUGGGACCAUUAGGGAUGAAGAGUAUUGUAGAUUGUGUGGCGAGCCGGGUCACCGCCAGUAUGCCUGUCCUUCACGUACUUCGACUUUCAAGAGCGACGUUCUUUGUAAAAUUUGUGGUGAUGGUGGCCAUCCCACUAUUGAUUGUCCAGUGAAGGGCACAACUGGAAAGAAGAUGGAUGAUGAGUACCAAAACUUCCUGGCAGAGUUAGGCGGAACAGUUCCCGAGUCUGUGACAAAGCAAACCCCUACAUUAGCAAUUGGUGCAGGCAAUUCAGGAAGUAAUCCUCCGUGGGUUAACAACAAUGCUAGCAGUAAUGGUACUAGCGCACAUCCAGGUUUGGGGUCAACGGUAAUCAAGCCUAAGGAAUUUGAUGAUACUAAUUUGUAUAUUGGAUACUUGCCACCCACUCUUGACGACGAUGGUUUGAUCCGAUUGUUUUCACCUUUUGGUGAUAUUGUCAUGGCAAAGGUCAUAAAGGACCGGAUUAUGGGAUUGAGCAAAGGCUAUGGUUUUGUGAAGUAUUCUGAUGUCCAAAUGGCCAAUACUGCUAUUGCAAGCAUGAAUGGUUUUCGUCUGGAGGGUCGAACUAUUGCCGUCAGAGUUGCUGGAAAGCCUCCACAGCCUGUUGUGCCUCCUGGACCGCCUGGAGCUGCAGCCUCCACUUUUCCUGUUUCAAGCCAGCCUGUGGGUGGCUAUCCAUCACAGCAAUUUGCCCCUGGUGGUCCCAUAGGAAAUGCACCACCUGGUAGCUAUUCAGCUACACCACUUCCCUGGGGUCCCCCUGUUCCUUCUCCAUAUGCUGGUUAUCCACCUCCUCCUCCGCCCGGUUCAAGCAUGUAUCCUCCUCAACCUAUGGCCCCAUAUGGCGUGCAGUAUCCUCCAUCCAUGCAGACAAUUUCACCUGGUGCCCCAUCUCAGCCUACUGUUUCAAGUGAAGCGCAGCAGAGUUACCCUCCUGGUGUGCAGUCUGAAAAUAGCACUGCUACUCAGUCUCUGCCCACCAAUAUCUAUGGGAACACUUUUGCUGGAAUGCCUCCGAAUGCUCAGCCUUCAUAUCCUGCAUCAUCUUAUGGUUACUCAUCUUAUUACAGUGCAGUACCGCCCCCUCCUGUACCUGUACAUGGCUCGAAUACAAACCAGUCCCAGAGCAUUGGUAAUGUUCCUUGGGCCCCAAGUCCCGCUGUUCCACCACCUCCUCCUCCUGCAGAGAAGCCAAGCUAUGGUGCAGAUGCGGAGUACGAGAAGUUCAUGGCAGAGAUGAAAUGAUUCGGUUCUCUUCUUAGUUUGUCUUCGAGUUGGCAGGACUGAUGUUUCUUGGAGCUCUUGUGAACCUGAUUUCUUACCUCUUGCCAUGACUUUGUUGGAAGUUUGGGACUCACCUCUUUAACCUUCCUGUAGUGUUAUGCAGAAACUUGGCUGGAAGUGCGAUUCAGUUGGCCUAUCUUGGAGAAUCAAUUUUAAACCAUAUUAUAAUUCAUCAUCGUUUUUUAUUGGACUUUUGUCAUAUUGCAGUUGCUUUAUUAUGUCUUGUUACUAAUGUUUUCCCCAUUUAUGCCUGAAUUUUUUUUAAUACCUAAUCUGGCACUGACACUCUUUUGUUGCGUUGACUUCUUGGGUUGCUUAAUUUAUUUUAUGCUUGCUCUAA